GUAUCCCCCAUCAAGUCCAUGUAUCAUCGUGAAUAGGAGCUGCUACCCCUUCCCCUUGUCGCCAUGCCGUGUCUCUCUCUCUCUCUCUCUCUCUCUCUCGCCGCGGUUCGCCUUGCAUGCUUCCCAUCCUCCAAACUGCGGCUCCGGGAAAGCCUUGCCUCCCCCUUAUUCUGCUUGAUGCCGUCCUGACAUUCUGGCCGUGGCCCUUAGCGCAUGUCCUUGCUACCGAUUGGACGGAUCAAAACGCGCUGCUGUCGCAUCCGACUUUGGAAAGCCCGCUGUUUUAGUCAGACGCGUCCCUAAUUAGCUCCGUCCUCGACUUAGCAGCUCACUUCAGCUCAACUCAGCUCCAAUGCGCACGGCAUAUUGCGUAACCCGGCGCUGUAGUCGGUAAAAAUAGCUUGCCAUUGUCUGCUGUCGUCAUGUAUCAUCUCGCCCAGAAGGGCAAGGGGUCGGGAACGAACAAAAAAAGAAA